CAACUUGAAGGACAAAGCGGGUGAGGCGAAGUGACUGUGACGUGCGUGACCUAUUACAAGGCAGAAGCACGCCCCGCCUCGCGCUGAGUACGCGCUCACCUCGUUUGUCGUGAACCGCAUCCUCCUCCAGGUCCUCCUCUGCCUAUCUCCCACAUACAUUGUUCCUCCGUCUAUCUGGUACAGCAUACUAGCCGUCUGCGAUGGCCAACAACGCCAAUGCGUACCCGAUGCCACCGCAGAACGCGGAUCUGGCGACGACAUGGGCGUACCUAGAGGAGGGCGUCGACCACAUCAUGACCAAGCUGCAGACGGGGGUGUCGUACUCCAAGUACAUGAGCCUAUACACCGUCUCGUACAACUACUGUACUUCCUCCAAGAUGCAUGGAACGGGCGAGCAGGGUCUCGGGCACCGAACCGGAGCCAAUCUGAUGGGUUCCGAUCUAUACAACAACCUCAUUCGCUACUUCACCACACAUCUAGGAGACCUCAAGAACCACUCUGACUCGCUUCAAGACGAAGCACUCUUGCGGUACUACGCCCAAGAGUGGGACCGAUAUACGACAGGUGCCAACUACAUCAACCGUCUCUUCACGUAUCUCAACCGUCAUUGGGUCAAACGUGAACGGGACGAGGGGAGGAAGGGUGUAUACCCCGUCUACACACUAGCUCUCGUUCAAUGGAAGCAGAACUUCUUCCUCCACAUCCAGAGCAAGGGUCAGAAACUGGCAGGCGCCUUGCUUCGUCUGAUCGAGCGCCAACGAAACGGCGAGACGAUUGACCAGACCCUGGUCAAGAAGGUCGUCGACUCAUUCGUGUCGCUCGGUCUAGACGAGGGCGAUAUCAACAAGGUGUCGUACGAGGUGUACAAGGAGCACUUCGAGGCACCAUUCCUGGAAGCGACAGAGAAGUACUACAAGCAGGAGUCAGAAGCAUUCCUCGCUGAGAACACUGUCGCCGAAUACCUCAAGAAGGCCGAGGAGCGGUUGCGUGAGGAGGAGGACCGUGUCGAGAGGUAUCUCAACAACAACACGCGGAAGGGCCUCAUCAGCAAAUGCGAGCAUGUCCUUAUCCGUGAGCAUGCCGAGCUCAUGUGGGAGAACUUCCAAGAACUUCUCGACUAUGAUAAGGACGAGGACCUCCAGCGCAUGUACGCCCUCCUCGCGCGCAUUCCCGAGGGCCUCGAGCCUCUACGCAAGCGGUUUGAGGAGCACGUCAAACGGUCCGGUCUUGCUGCCGUCUCGAAGCUUGUCGGUCAGGGCGGUGCAGAUGCCAUCGACCCCAAGGCCUAUGUCGAUGCCCUCCUCGAGGUUCACUCAAAGAACUCCGAGACUGUUACGAGGAGCUUCCGCGGGGAGGCAGGUUUCGUGGCGAGUCUCGAUAAGGCAUGCCGAGAGUUCGUCAACAGGAAUGACGCCACUGGCACCUCGACGACGAAAUCGCCAGAGCUGUUGGCGAAGCAUGCAGACGCGCUGCUUCGGAAGAACAACAAGAUGGCCGAGGAGGAGGACCUGGAGGGUGCGCUCAACAAAGUGAUGGUGUUGUUCAAGUACAUCGACGACAAGGACGUCUUCCAGACGUACUACACGACCAAACUGUCUAAGCGGCUGAUUCACGGCGUGUCGGCAUCGGAUGAAGCUGAGGCGAGCAUGAUCUCGAAGCUCAAGGAGGCCUGCGGUUUCGAGUACACCAACAAGCUGCAGCGCAUGUUCACAGACAUGAGUCUCAGCAAGGAUCUCACGGACCAGUUCAAGGAACGUGUCCAACAAAACCACGACGACAUGGACCUUACCUUCUCGAUCAUGGUCCUGGGCACCAACUUCUGGCCACUCAACCCGACAAACAGCGAGUUCAUCAUCCCGACGGACAUCCUGCCGACGUACGAGCGGUUCACGAAGUACUACCAACAGAAGCACUCGGGCCGUAAGCUCACGUGGCUCUGGAACUACUCGAAGAACGAGCUACGGGCGAACAAGUUCAACCCGAAGUACAUCCUCAUGACGAGCUCGUGGCAGAUGGCGGUCCUGCUGCAGUACAAUAACAACGACACGAUGUCUCUCGAUGAGCUCGUGACGGCGACCGGUGUGUCGAAGGAAUACCUGAAGCAGGUUCUGGGUGUGCUCGUCAAGGCCAAGAUCCUGAUCAGCGACGACAGCGACCAGUACGACUACAACCCGAACUUCAAGUCGAAGAAGAUUCGGAUCAAUCUGAAUAUGCCGAUCAAGGCUGAGCAGAAGGCUGAAUCGUCUGAGGUGCAGAAGAUCGUCGACGAGGAUCGCAAAUACGUCAUCCAGGCGACCAUCGUCCGUAUCAUGAAGGCACGGAAGCAGAUGAAGAACCAGGCCCUCAUCCAGGAGGUGAUCAGCCAGAUCUCGCAGCGGUUCACGCCCAAGAUUCCUGACAUCAAGAAGGCUAUCGAACAUCUUCUCGAGAAGGAGUACAUUGAGCGAGUGGAUGGCACCCGAGACACCUUCGCCUAUGUCGCGUGAUAUCCCCUGCAUGCAUAUUGUCGUCCUCGCUUUGUAGUGCUUACCGGUUUACGUCUAGAACUGUACAUUGUAGCAUAUCUUACACCACGUCAUGUCUUGUUCACUGAAUGUCUUGCUGUCCGUCAGGCAUGUCCAGCAUGCGCUGCGGUAUCGCGCUAUGUCUGGAUCAGAUGAGAUAGCGUCGUCGAUACAUAUUUGUGUUCUACUGGACUAUCAUGUACCUAGGCUCAUCGCGCGAAGGUAGAGCUUUGCUUUGAGGUCUGUCCUCCGAGUUGCUGCUACGUUGUCACUAGUACGCCAGAGUUGCGUUGAGACAGGUUGA